AUGGGUUAUUCAAGAGAUAGUUUCUAUCGCUUUAAACAACUAUACGAAAAUGGCGGCGAAGAAGCUCUUCAGGAAAUCAGCCGUAAAAAACCAAAUAUCCAAAACCGUGUUCCAGAUUAUAUCGAAGAAGCAGUUACCAAUCUUGCGAUUGAGAACCCAGCUCUUGGUCAAGUGCGUGCAUCACAUGAGCUAUCACAACGUGGAAUAAUGAUUUCAGCUAGUGGUGUCCGGUCUAUCUGGUUACGUAAUGACUUGGAAACGCUUAAAAAGCGCUUAAAAGCUUUAGAAGCAAAAGUUGCUCAAGACGGUAUUCUUCUAACAGAAGAACAACUAAAAAUGCUUGAGAAAGCUAAGCUAGAAAAAGAAGCUCAUGGUGAAAUUGAAACUGAGCAUCCAGGUUAUCUUGGUUCACAAGAUACUUACUUUGUGGGUACCAUGAAGGGUGUUGAAAGUGCUUCCAUGGUUCCAAGAACAUGA